GUUCAUGGUGUCAAUUACAACAUAUCUUGGGCUUUGCUGACCAACUCCUCAUAAGCUUUGGGUACGUUUGGUUGUGUAGUGAAGGCAAAAUUUAUGAAAUACAUCGAAUAUUCAUCAAUCAUUCCAGGAGUCCGCAUUGUUUAUUAGGCGAUAUCCAUUGUAAUAAAGGAAUUUAAACAUUUUUUAUAAUAAUAUAAUGUUAAAUCAUCUAAUAUCCAAAAGAGAAGACCCAGAUGUUAGGUAAUAACUCUAUUGAAGUGCUACAGUUGUAAGUCUUAUGCCGAAAACCUGCUUUAUUUUCUGAACGAAAAUUUGUCGACUUUUGGAUUCCCCCACGUAUUUUUGCUGCUUUUCGUCUUCAUUUAGUCGCUUUUAUUGACGCUUCACGCUGACAAGUUUUACGAUAAGAGAUACUUGUCGCACUCAUUUUCAUGUAAGACCAAAACACAAGUAUAACUGCUGAUAACCGGCAUUCCAUGAACCAGGCAGAAAGCUAGAAAUGUACCCGAGAUUCGGAGAUUGUGAGAAUUUCACAUAAUCACUUAACCCGUCUCCCCUUCCCUCCUGGGGUCGACAGGGAUUAUAUCGCUUACAUCCCCCAUGUACGAUAUGCAGUCCUUAGAGUAACUGCCACAAAUUCUAACGAAUUCAUGAUCGACAUUUUUGUAAGACCUCGUAAAAUAGCUUAAACCUCACAACAACAGGUCGUCUUAUUCAGCAGCAACACUUGUAUUGAUGAAAAAUAUUUGCAGUACUUUCAAAGAGUGACAAACAGCCGCUGGAUAAUUUCAAAAAGUUGAAAAAAGUAGCUGUGGAGCUUUGGCGCUUUGAAUAGGUUUUUGAGCGCAAAGAAUUAGUAACUAAAGGUAAAGUCAGCGUCAGGCCAUUGGCCCAUGCAUACGAAGCCGCUUAACCUGGUUUCUGUCGCAUGAAGCGACUAGGAGUACUUCUCCUCCCUCCUAGAUGGGAUACAAGUCUAUCACGGGUUAACCUCCCAACAUCAAAUUCGCCGGUACCCUUUUGGGUGGAGAGAGGCCCUGUGGGAGUAAAGUGUCUCGCCAAAGAACACAAUGCCACGACCCAAGGCUGAUCGUUCCGUAGUCCAGCGAGUUAAUCAUUAGGUCAUAGUGCCACCACACACAGAAUGUUUUUUAAACUGUCCCAGUCACCCGUGUGGCAAUUAAGUCUUCGGGAACUUCCAGUUAGCAAAGACCGCACUUCUCGAACCAUUUUCCUAAUACAAUACAGGCUAAGUGCAAAGUGAAUCCAGAGAAUCUACAAAAUAGUAAUAACCUGCCAACUAUUUACAUGAAGUAAUCUGCAAAGAAGUCAUCAUAUUUUUUUUCGUUAACUAUAUAAGCUGUCUUGCCUGUGGGCAAGCAAAAGCAAAUGUUGGGUAAAAUAAUAUCUAAAACAAAAAUGUCAACACCUGAUGUAGAAUUGACGAAACAAGUGAUUAUGUGCUAGAGCGAAGCUCUACUCUUGUAUAGUCAGGUUCUGUAUAGUUUGCUUGGAAGUGCAUAUCUCAGUCUGCUGUCUCUUUUUUGUAGAUUUUCCUCCUGGACGUUCCAGCAAAAUAACAAAACAUGUUUAACAACAGUUCAGUUAACCUCCAACAGCCUAAUGACUAUGGCAUGAAAUCCUUAAGCAAAUUACUUCCUAUUGCCCUAACCAUAGUUCUGACAAACGGACUCGUGUUCGUCAUGUUUUACAAAAGGAAACGCCUUCGUACGACGUCAAAUUACUUGUUGCUUGGUUUGGCUACUUGCGACUUCUUUACAGGAGCUAUCAACAUCCCAAUCUUCAUCACUUUUUCUUUUGAAGUUGUACCACCAACCUUGGCAAAAUACUUUGGAUUUGGGAUGUACAUCUUACACACCCUCAUGGCAGUAUCGGCUGGCUAUCAUAUUCUCAUCAUAACUGCGGAAAAGUACAUGGCAAUUAUGACACCACUUAGACACCACUUGGUAACCAAGAAAACAGUGCUAAUAAUAUUACUGGGGAUUUGGAUGAUAUCUGCACUUAUUGCUAUCAUUCCUAUUUCUUGGGACGAUAGCAACUCACGCCUUGUUUGGUACAUUGCCCAUGCUUCAGUUUGCCUUUUCAUAGUUUUCUUUGUCCCUUAUGUAUUUAUUGUUUAUGCGUUCACAGCUAUGUUCAGAGUGAUUUCUAAACGUCAAAGACCCAGGCUUCAGAAUGAUAUUACCAGAUCAAGGUUCCAAGUGAAAAAAAAUAAUGACCGAAAAUGCAUAGUAAUUUUUGCAAUCAUGGCGAUAUUGUUUGCGAUUUGUUGGUUGCCAUACUUCACCAUCAUGCUUGUGAUUUACGUCAAAGAGUAUCUAUCGUCAGAUUUUGAGGAAACUUUAUUAAAACUUUUCGAAGUAUUUGCCAAUGUUCGAUACAUGACAUCCAUCACCAACCCUUUGCUCUAUACGUUCUUUAAGCGCGACUUCUGGCAUGCCUUAAAAACCCUUCUUGGCCACUUUCCAAGAGCCUCCAAAACAUUACGUGGCUUUUCUCUGAGGCCUACUGUAAGACAUACUCAUGACAUGACGCAGCCAGUUUCUUUAGAAAGCAACUUGAUAUUAUUGGUUUCUUGGAAUAGACUCAAUGCCGACAGUAUUGGACUCGAUGCACCAUACUCAGUUUCAGAGGAACCAGUUAUCUCUCAGCUCUAAGGCCUAUCGCGCGAAAUGGCCAUGUGCGAAUACAGAAAAUGGCGGACUUCGACGACCGAAAGAAUAUCCAAAAAGGAAAUAUAAGAAUGUAAAGAAUGUUGAUGUAAGAAACCAGUAAAUAUCAGUACUACUUCCUUAUUCUAAGAUUCAAAUAUACUAAAUAACUCCCUCCCAUAAUUUUAGGCAAGGGAAACCUCCAAUCUUAUUUUGGUAAAUUGAAGAGUUAUAAGAAUGUUAAACAGUGCGGUGUGCAACGUACAACGUAUUGACCGGCAAGCCAUCUAUAAUUGGCAUAAUAAUUGUUGAGCAAUUUGAUUUUAAAAGACGGAAUCAAAUAUUUAGAUUUAUGACAUUUAUUAGCCAUUUUCCGUGUCUGUCUGGUGUUGUUGCACAGUACGGGUUAUUUGCCUAUUCCUUUUUCAGUUUGUUUCUUACUGCGCAUAUCAAAUGCUUUCCAGCAUUAUUUAAGCUGCAUGAUCAUUGACUCCCGCACGAAUUGGUUGCCUCUAAAUCUUAAAGUGAUAUUUUUACGGUUCAGCGCAUGAGCAGGCUAUGGCGCUUUCUUAAUGACCCACAUGCUGUUCAGCAUUUCAUCGGACUAAUUCGUGCUAACAGAAUGACUCAUCAUUACUUUUCAAGGAAGGCUCCCACAGAUUUACUCAGAGCUUACUUUAGAGAGCUUGCUUUCAUGCUCAGUGUUCAAUAUGGAAUUUAACACUCAGCCAGAGUUGCUUGUCCACUCGUGCAAGGCACGAGUUAUCUACCCACGCCUGCUAGGUUUAUAAACAAUGCCUCACGGUGCGAGUCGGAACAGUCUAACCUAACUCUAAGGACAAAUAUUACCUCUAUUACCGUGUUUUCACAGCCGAUUGCGAAAUUUUCAAAUCAAAAUUUCUCUCAGUGACCAUCAUCUUCUAUUGUUUCAUAAAUAAUGGAGUGGGCUUCCGUUGUGGUUUCCACAUGCGCUUUACCCCUUUAGUACCUGACUGAACUCUUAUCCAUUGCCUCUUGACUUCAGUGCUUCAGUCAGUGUCUUCUACCCCGUAGGACGAGAUAAUUCUUUCGCGGUGUGGUAUUUGGACGGAGCAUGAUAGUCGAGUAUCCUCCGGGUACCUACUUAAUGUCUUCCCAGAGAAGGCAAAAUAAGCAAAAAGGUAAAUCAAUCAAGCAAUUAACUUUAUCUAAUUGCUUAACUGAACUAGAAGCUUGUUCGUAAUUCUAAAACCGCUCGGCUACAUAAACAAUAGCCUCCAUUUGGCGCGAAAAUAUGCUAGCCUUGUCACCCACUCGACUCUGGCAAGACGUGAGUUAUAUUCCAAGUCCCCCCUAAUGAGAUGUAGUUUUUCGACCGUAUACGGAUGGAAAACGACCUUUUCAAAAACCGUACGGAUCGACAAGCUGGGUCACACCCUCUACUCCGGCAAGACGUGAUUUAUAAUCUAAGUCCCCUUAAUAAGAUGCGAAAGUCUUUUUUACUGUCUGUCAAACUGUGCAGAUCGAAAAGUUGUUUUUUCGGACCGUAUCAGAUUGUGUGUAUUGGACAAUCCUCCAAAAACUGGAGAAUAUCCGAGUAAUAUUCCCAAUUUUCAAAAUUGCGCCUGUUGCGAAAAACAUUUGAAGGUUUCUAAACACAAUAGGCCCCAUUUGGUGCAAAAAUAUGCAUAGGUAUU